UCACCAAGUGAAUUGUAACAAUGUUGGUCGAAAUUAUUUUGUUGCUAAUUUGUUCAGUCGGAAGCAUUCAAAAUCUAUACAAAAAUGUGACUCUCAGAAACACUGAAUUUUCCGAUUCUUCUCCUCGAAAAAUCUUGUGUAGUGACAAUUCACUGUGUGUUCCUUUCGUCCAAUGCCCGGCACAUGUCCGUAAUGAAAUAAAAAAAUCCUGCCAGACUGUAACAGGACGUGAAGGAGUUUGUUGCAAAACUGGACAAAAUCUCACAGCACCCGAAGAGUUGGAAGUUCAUGGCCGGCAUCACUCAUUGCGAAUGAACCUCCAAACAAUAAAUUUAAUCGCUAGACGAAGCCAUGAACAAAUUAGAGAAAUCCAGGCUAAGGAAGCUUUGCUCUUGUCUGAUGGGUAUCUGGUGGUGCCUGGAUCACCAAGCUAUGACCAUUUCAAGAAUUUUAAGCUACUUUCACGGAACGAUUUGUUCCAAGUUUUGGAUCUGGCGUCGAGAGCUAUGGAGAUUGCUUUGGCUACGAAAGACUUCAAGCAUCGUCAAGGCUUGACGAAUCAGCAGAUCGAGUUAGGACUCCUUGAGCAAGACUUGAGGACAACACCUCUUGGUUUAGCUUGUAAUAUCGAACCGAUCUGUCCUCCAAUUCCUGUAAAAUUUCGACGAAUUGAUGGAGCUUGUAAUAACCUUCUGCACCCAUCAUGGGGCACAGGGAUGACACCCUAUGCCCGCCUUUUACCUCCGAGUUAUGAAGAUGGCAUUUGGAUCCCCAGACUUUCCGAAACGGGUCAACCUCUCGCAAGUCCGCGACUAAUAAGCACGACAAUUAUUUCAGACUCGGAUUCUUUUAAUUACGAUCAUACUUUAAUGGUUAUGCAGUUUGGGCAGUUCUUGUCGCAUGAUAUGACCCAAUCUAUUGAAAACUCUUAUGCAAACGGUAGUGCCAUUUCUUGUUGUUCUUUUGACGGUGGAAGAAAACGAGGUCUGGAAGAACGACACUAUGCCUGUAUGGCUAUUGAUAUUCCUCACGAUGAUCCUUUUUUCAGUAGAUUUGGCCAAGGUUGUAUGAAUUUUGUGAGGUCGGUCCUGGCUCCAAGACAGGACUGCACGUUAGGAUACGCCCAACAAAUGAACAAAAUCACGCAUUUCCUCGACGGUUCCAACAUUUACGGCUCAUCACCCGAACAAACAGGCCAUUUACGAAGUUUCCACCGCGGCAUGUUGAAAAUUUUCAACGAUUUUGGCCGCCAAAUGUUACCUUUAUCACACGAUCCUGACGAAUGUUUGAGUAAAGGACGAAACGCGGCUUGCUACAUGUCUGGCGACAGUAGGACAAACCAAAUGAUUUCGUUGGUCGCCUUACAUACGGUAUUUUUACGCGAACACAACAGAUUAGCCGAUGAAUUAUCAAAGUUAAAUCCUCAUUGGGAUGACGAAAGGAUAUUUCUAGAAGCGCGUCGGAUUGUGAUAGCUGAGGUGCAAGUUAUUACGUAUAAAGAGUUUCUUCCGAUUGUUAUCGGACCAGCGGCUGUUGAGGAGUUUCAUUUGGCGCUAGCCCAGGGUUUGGAUUAUGCCCAGGACUACGAUGGGUCUGUUGAACCAUCGGUGACCAACGAAUUUGCCUCGGCGGCUUUCAGGUUUGGGCAUUCGGUGGUCGAUGGGUUGUUGAAGAUUUAUGGCAAGGACAGGAUGGACGAAAUGAUUUCAAUUCCCGAGACAAUGUUCCAACCCAGUCGUAUGAGAAAGCUGUUCUUCAUGGAUGAACUCUUGAGCACGCUAACAACCGAGCCUCUCCAACAGGUUGAUAAUAACUUGGUGGAAGCUUUAACGCGUUAUAUGUUCCGAGCUGGAAAUGCGUUCGGUAUCGAUUUAGCGUCAUUGAAUAUCCAAAGAGGCCGCGAUCAUGGACUGAGGCCUUACAAUGAUUACCGGGAAUUAGUCGGCUUACCCCGCCUGAGCCACUUUGAGGAACUUUCGUUCGAGUUGGGCGAAAAAUUGAAAAGUGUUUAUGCUUCCGUUAAUGAUAUUGAUUUGUGGGUUGGAGGAUUGUUGGAGGAGAAAGCUCCGGGGAGCAUCGUUGGGUACACUUUCAGGGAUAUAAUCGCCGACCAGUUUUACAGGCUUAAGAAAGGCGACAAAUACUUUUUCGAGAACGAUCCGAGCGUUAAUCCCGGCUUUUUCCAACCAGAGCAACUAUUUGAAGUGCGGAAAGCGUCCAUGUCCCGAUUAAUCUGCGACAACAGCGAUGGGACGCUUCUGUCGCGUCAGGCGCCCAACGCUUUCAAAAAACCAGGAGUUAAGGGAAAUGAGUUUGUCGACUGUGACGGGGGCGAGAUUCCCCGCAUAAAUCUGCUUUACUGGCGUGAAUAAAACCAUAGUUUAUUUAUCCCA